UAUUGGCGCGCGCGUGCGGACGCCGCGCCCCAUUGGCCCGCUCUGAUUUGGGCACCAAAUUCAAAGAUUUUAAAAGUACCAGCUGGCGCCUUUUAAGAGCUCCAGCUCGGCGCCGCGGCCGGUCGCCUCUCUCCCGUGGUCGCCGCCACCUUCCCCGCCUGGCAGCCCGCGGCCCCCGGCAUGAGCCGGCGCGCCCGCAGCCGUCUGCCCCGGCCGUGCUCCUGUCCCUGCGGCCUCGGCGCGCGGACCCCCGCGGACGGUUGUAAAGAAGAAAGCCCUGUUCUUUCUGUUAAGAUGAAGUGUUUUAAUUGCAACCCUGAUCUUUCUGAACUUGAAGUGGUGGAACCCGAGGACAGUAGGAGACAAGGUUCCUUCAGCCCUGCGCGUCUGGGGUCUUCCUGUAAGGAUUGUGUUAGAAAUCAUGAAAGGCUGUCUUUGAUUGAGUCACCAAUUGAGGGACAUGAUAACAAGGAAAAUAAGCGUGUACAGAAAAUACUCAACAGUCCAAAUGAACUAGAAGAGCUAGAGGGCAGCAGACUGUAUGAAGACAGUGGUUAUUCAUCAUUCACACACCAAGGUGAGCAUGAGGAUGACAUCCUUCUGGAGAAUCUCAGAAACAGUCCCCAGCCUCGCCUGCUGCCAUCACAAAGCCCAGACCAGUAUCCCAACAAAAACUUGCUGCCCGUCCUGCAUUUUGAAAGAGUGGUUUGCUCAACUCUGAAAAAGAAUGGCAAGCGGAACCCUAAAGUGGAUCGAGAAAUGCUCAAGGAAGUUAUCUCCAGUGGAAACUUCAGGCUACAAAAUAUAAUUGGCAAGAAAAUGGGGCUGGAACACCUCGACAUCCUUACUGAGCUCUCCCGGAGGGGGUUUAAACACCUGCUAGCUAAUAUUCUGACGAAGCUCAGUGACAUGGACCUAAUAAACUUGUCUAAAGUGAGCAGAAUUUGGAAGAAGAUACUAGAAAACGAUAAAGGAGCAUUCCAGCUAUACAGCAAAGCCGUACAAAGAGUCCUUGAAAGCAGUAAGUUGUCACUUCACACUUCAACCAGAGGGUACGCUGUGGGCAGAGCCGCGCUAACUUCUGUUCAGAAGGCGUCAGCCUGGGCGCCUCCCAGGAAAGAUGCUCAAGCCAGGCCCCCCAGCCAGCGAGGUCAGAAGGGUCCUGCCUACAGCCGGCACAGCGAGUUCAUCGAGGUGGCAAAGACAUUGAAAAACAACGAAAGCCUCAAAGCCUGUAUUCGCUGUAAUUUCCCUGCAAAAUACGACCACUAUUUAGAGCGAGCGAUCUGCAAACGGGAAAGCUGUAAAUUCGAAUACUGUACAAAGUGUCUGUGUGAUUACCAUAACAACAAAGACUGUUUGAACGGCAAGCUUCUCAAAGCCAGCUGUAAAAUGGGCCCUUUGCCCGGAAGUAAAAAGAGUAAAAAGAAUUUACAAAGAUUGUGACCUUUUAGUAUAUCGAGUGUAGAGCCUAAGGGCUGCUCUUUUUAAAAAAAAAAAAAAAAGGUUAAAUUUUAACUUAAGAAAGUAAAAAUAACUAUGAUGCCUUUUUGCCCCUUUGAAUAGAGGACAUACACCUCUUAAAAUAAUUACAGUAUAAUGUUUAAAUAAAUUAAAAUUGUCCAUACAAAUACCAAGAUUGACUUAUUUUAAGGAAAAGAGAAAAUGGAUAUCUAUUUGUAAUUAGGUGCUAAGAUAAAAUUGAUGGAAUUUUUUUCUUAAGGGAAGGCUGUGAUUUUUAUGGAAUCUUGAAAAAAGAUAUAACUCACCGUGUUAGGAUCUGAGAUAUGCUUUACCAAAUAUGUAUUGUGCUCAUAUCAAUUUGAGCCUGUCUGUCGGUUUUAAAUGUUUGUCGUUAUCAGUGUGAGCCUUUUUCACUGUGGAAACUAUCCUUUGUAAAGUCCUGUUUACUGUAUUUCUGAAGUCUCUUAAUGUUUUUAUACCUGUAAAUAUUUGUUUUUACGUGC